UCAGGCACAUCACAAUAGUGUAUCUUACUAAUUGUCUCUUGGGAAACUCACAAACACCCACACAAACACAAACUCAUGGGUUCUCUCAAUGUUCACAAGCUUCCUAUCAUUGAAUUCACACAUGAUACCAUGAAACCGGGGACAGCAUCAUGGUGUAAAGCGUGCAAAGAAGUGAUUUCAGCCCUAGAAGAAUAUGGCUGUUUUGUGGCAUCCUAUGAUAAAAUUUACUCGGAAUUAAAUGAUGGAGUUUUUCACGCAUUAGAGGAACUUUUUAAUCUUCCCACUGAAAUUAAAGUCCAAAAUAGGUCUACUAAACCAUUGUAUGGGUAUGUGGGACAAAUCCCACUUAUUCCUCUCUAUGAAAGCAUGGGUAUUGAUGAUGCCAACACACUUGAAGGAAUUCAAAGUUUCACCAAAGUCAUGUGGCCUAAUGGAAAUGAUGUCUUCAGUGAAAAACUACUGCCAUACACUAAAUUAGCAGCAGAAUUGGAAAAAAUUGUGGUAAGGAUGGUAUUCGAGAGCUAUGGGGUGGAGAAGUACUUUGAUUCCCACAUCAAGUCAGCUAAUUAUCUUUGUCGAGUUAUGAAAUACAGAGAAGCAAAAGUUAAUGAAAGUAAAAUGGGCUUUGUCUCUCAUACGGACAAGAGUUUCAUGUCCACAAUUCAUCAAAAUCGUGUAAAUGGUCUGGAGAUCAAAGCAAAGGAUGGUGAGUGGUUUGGUGUUGAGCUCUCGUCUUCGUCUUCUGUCGUAGUUAUGGCAGGCGAUGCGAUUAUGGCUUGGAGCAACAACAGAAUAAAAUCUCCAGCUCACAAAGUGACGAUGGAAGGGAAAGAAGUACGGUACUCCAUUGCUCAGUUCUCAUUUAUGGAGGAAAUAGUGCAAACACCAGAAGAAUUAAUUGAUGAGGAGCACCCCUUACAGUAUAAACCAUUUGAUCACCUCAAAUUUCUUGACUUUUACAGCAAAGAAGAAAACAGGAGACUUGAGAGUGCUAUCAGAACCUAUUGUGGUGUUUGACAUGCUUAAUUUCGAUUGUGGUGUUAAUUUUACGAUACUGUCGAGAGUACUUAAUGCCAAAAAAACUACUAAAAUGUUUUAUUUAUUGUAAUGUAAUACUACAUAGUAAACAGUCGAAAGCAUGCAUAUAAGUUGUGAAAUAAAAAGUUUGCUUGAUCUAAUCCAUGUGAUAUCAAGAUUUAUCAUGAUCAUGCUAUAGUGGUGUUUAGUUAUUGGGAAUGUUGCUAUUUUAGAUAUCAAAUCAUGUUAGAACAUGCGUCUAAGUUAUGAAUAAUACUAUUUAGCCUCAUUGAAAUUGUAA